CCUUCUAAAAGACUUUUUAACUUCAUCUUAUUUGAUCGGUCCUGAAAAUGUGAGUCAAGCUUUGAUUAAUGGUAUAGCUCCUUGUGAUAAUAGAACUUCUACUAGUUUAACAAGAUAUUUUUUAGAUUUUGCCGGUUGUGAUUUUAGUCCAGAGGAUGUUAAUGUUUCAGUUUCUUCCUUUGACAUUAAUAACCCUAAUAAAACUCCGUCUUCAAAUUUUUAG